GCAGGGAACUUACAGCUAAAGGCAAAAUUCUUGACACAACUCACUGCAGGUGCGCGCAGUCUCGCAUACCCUCCCGUUAAAAGGCCUCCAAACAACUCCAUUGAAGGGCUCGGAAGGCCAGGAUAAGGCGAAAAUGCAUGGGAAGAUCAUCGCCAACCCUGUCCAAGAUCUAUUUAUCCACCAUUACAUCAAGAGAGCCGAUCCCAUCACACUCAGCGAAAUCGCAAGUACUUCAGUCCGCGCCGUUUUCCGAAUUGUUAAGAGGUAUGAAGAGCAGGACACCAGUGAGCUUGCCGGUCAUCGUACUUGUGGCCGCAAGCCUCAAAUCGACGAAUAUCUAGAGGCGGUGAAUAAGGUGGUGUUACUCGAGGGAUUCACUGAAUGGUAUGCAGUAUAUUCAGUACUUGUACGGCCGAAACCCUCAACAUGUUCAAGAACUGCGGGUAUGCAUUAACCCAGGUACCGCUUACAGCUUAUGCCGACAGCAGUCGUGAAAUGGCCUUGCUCGCAGCUGCUGAGUUGCAGGGACCUGAACCUAUCCUUGCGGAUGAUGAUGAAUAGUCGAACUAAGC